GGAAACGAAAAGCAAUUUAAAAUGAUAAUGAUGGAAACAGUGCGGGAGAUAAAGGAAAAUCCACAUAUUUAUGGACAUUUGCUAAUGACUAAAAAAGAAAAUUCUGAUUCCAAUUUUUUAGAAAAUUUUAGAUAUCGGAAGCAUCGAAUAUUUGAUUUUCUCCGAUCUCAAAACAAACUGGUCGAAGAGAGUGCACGAUUUUUUGCUGAGCGCAUCGAUGACGGAAUGAAUUUGGGUGAUUUAGAAUUGUUUGUAGUUGCAACUCUUUUCCAAGUUCCAAUUUAUGUGCUCGUUGCUGAAAUAAAUGAAAACAAAUUGGAAACAAAAUGGCUAUCAUUUACACAGAUAUCAAGAAAAAGGCAACCCAGUGAUUUUGCUGCCAGAAUGCAAUAUUUUGAAGGUAAAGAAAAUCACAAAUGUGAUUUUGACUCGUCGAGUGGUGGAUCUAAAUACUAUGUGACUCUUUACCGGACAUUUUCAGGAGAUUAUCAUAGAAUUGUACCAAAGCAUCAAGUGUGCAACUGUCUGAAAGAACCACCCCAAAAUAUCGUGGAAGAACAUAAGCAUCAUGAACAACCAGAUUUCAGAAUGUACUUUGAAAUGCACAAUAUAAAAAAAAAUUGACGAUAGCAAAACUGAAGCUGGACAACUGGUUGAGAUGCAACAUGGCACUUGAAAUAUUUUCCACUGAAAUCAUAGACGUAUUAGAGGGGCAUAGACAAAACGUGAACACUUCCAGCAUCGUGAGAUCCUCCGUAGGACUCGUUGGAUCAGCUUUAGCAAUUGGGGGAUUAAUAGCAGCAUCAUUCACAGCAGGAGUUUCUCUUGGUUUAGCAGUUGCAGGUGGCGUUAUUGGUACACUUGGUAGUGCAACUGUCAUGGGAACCAAAGUCACUGAGUUCGUUUUAAGUAGGGAUGCAAUACCAAUGCUAGAGAGAUAUCAGAUGAAUUUGCGAGAAAGAUCACGAUGUAUGGAAAACUCUUUAUCAGAUCUCCAAAAAGAGAUGGAAAGGUUUAUAACGGAAGACACAGACAUCAUCAACACAACAGCUGUUCAAACAGCUACUGGGGCACUGCGCAUGC